GAAUCUGCUUAAAAAAAAAAGACAGCUGAAUACCUUAACCUCAAAAUAAGAUUUUUGCGCUAGGUUAUGGUAUACUGAGGAUUAUUGUUCAUUCUUCAUCAGUUUGUUCAUUGUUCCUGCGAUAAUGGAAAAAUGGGUGGAAGAAAAAUUGUCCGAGUUAUUAAACUUUCCAGUCCCGGACGAUUUGUCCAGGUAUAUCAUGCAAAUGGAGAACGAAACAGACUUGGAAAACUACCUUACAGAACUUUUAGGCAACGAAAAUCCAAAGCAUAAACAGUUUAUGAUCGAAUGUAAAAAGCAACGUGCAUUUUACAAUAGUCAGACUGGCUAUAAGAAGACAAAUAAUAAUGAUAAUGCGACCAAUAAACAGAAUGAUAAGAAGAAGGGAAAGACAAAAGGAAAGGAAAAUGUUCAGAUACAAGAAACCACGAAGCCUGAAAAAUUAGAAAAGAAGAAAAAUAAGUUUGUUAAUUUAUUAUCACAUGGAGAUAUAAUUUUGAAAGGGCGUCACAGAUGUGACUGUGAAGCUAAAAGACACACAUUGAUUAACAAUUGUCUUAAUUGUGGAAGAAUAGUCUGCGCCCAAGAGGGUGCAGGGCCAUGCUUGUUCUGUGAAUCGCUCGUGUGUUCUCCGGAGCAGCAUAUAAUUCUUCAGAGUAACACCAGGCAAGCUAAUAAUUUAUACAAUAAAUUGAUGGAUCGGAAAUCAAAUAAAGGCCUCGAAGAUUCUCUCACACAGAGGGACAAGCUUCUCGAAUUUGAUCGCAAUAGCGCUCGUCGUACCAAAGUGAUUGACGACGAAGCAGAUUAUUACCAGUCCAAUAGCACUUGGCUCUCCACUGCAGAACGUGAAAAAUUAUCGAAACAGGAAGAGGAAGCCCAUGCUCGUAAACACGCGUCGCGUUUGGAUAGGAGGGUUACUAUAGAUUUUAUGGGUAGAGUAGUUAACGAAGAUCAAUCCGACAAUUGGCAAUUGGAAGAACCCGAUGAAACGGCAUCGUAUGAUCAUUUUGAAAAUCCGAAUGUCUGUCCAACGAUAGAAUUUGAUCGACCAACAUUUAUUGAGAUGGAAAUGAGCAAAGGGUCCAGAGAUCAUAUUACGUGGAACAUGGAGAGUAGAAUUCAGGAUAAAGAAUAUUUGGAAAUGUCUGACCAAGGUCUGUGUUUGAGUAUGCAUCAGCCUUAUGCAUCGUUGCUAGUGGCAGGAAUAAAAAUCCACGAAGGUAGAAGUUGGUACUCUUCCCACAGAGGAAGGUUGUGGAUAGCAUCAGCUGCCAAAGUACCUUCCACCGAAGAAAUAUCGAGCUUACAACAUGCUUAUCGCGUGUUAAAAAGCGAAAAAAUUAAAUUUCCCGAGACUUAUCCCACGAGUUGCUUGUUGGGCUGUGUAACAAUAACUGAUGUCUUAUCUCAAGAAGAAUAUAGAAAGUUAUAUCCAGAAGGGGAAAGCGAUAGCCCAUACGUGUUUAUAUGUGAAAAUCCUUACAUGUUACCGAUAUAUUUGCCUAUGAAGGGAAAACAUAAAAUUUAUAAAAUGGAUAAAAAACUUCAUCAAGCUGCUUCCAAAUACUUAGAAAAAGCUAUGAAAAUGACUAAUCUAUAACUGCCGUUCUUACUAGUUUCUUGUUUUUCUCUCGUCUUUCUUCUCUUUUGUCUACAUAUAAGUAGGAUGAAUUUCUCCCCAGGUAUGAUUUUAUUUAAUCGAUAGUUACUUUUGUGCACAUGUUUAUUUAUGUCAAUAAUUUAAAUGUUACACAUGCAUCCUAUUAAAAAUAAUUAUCUGUUUUGUACAAAUCGAUUUGUCUGAUAUAUAAUGCAUAUCUAAUAAAAAUUUUACAUAAAUAUAAUAUGCAUAUUAUAUUAAAUUUAUUACUUGUAUACAACAGAUUAUUUUACAACUUACAUAAACUCUGCAAGAAUGUUACAAUAUAACUAUGCAUGCUGUAUGCUGUCUAUGUCAUACUCUCAUACACUUCUUUGAUGAAAAAAUAUGACCAAUUUAUGACAGUUGUAACAUUAGACUUUUAUAAACGGUAUGAAAAAUUAUUUAUAUCGCGAGACAAUGUCUAUAUGUCUACAGUACAAACAAAUAUUCUUAUCUCAGUACAUCGCCUAUAUAUAUAUAUAAAGUUCAAGCAAUAGCCACUCUAUCACUUCAACGCAAAUGAAAUUGUGUAAGUUAGGCUAAGCUAGUACAGCCAAUAAAAAGUUCUUCUCGACUAUAAUAUCGUGUUAGUUAACAAAAAGGCUGGACAGUUGAACAUAAAUUAUUUAAAAAGUACGUUGUAUGAAGCAUUGUUAUAAUUAUCUAUUGAGCAAAAUUGUCUCUCGAAACAUAUAUUAUACUUUUACAUUAUACUAAUUAGCUACGUAUACGUAUUGUUUUGUGCAACAUUGACAAACUUGUGAAAACACAAUAGGCUAUAUGUAUCUUGCACAUAUGAAAUUAUCAAUAAUGUGAAACAGCAUUAAAUAAGAUGAAACAGA